GAAUCCCUUGUUCUCCACAUCUCACUUCUUUUCUCCUCAACCAAUUUCCCACAUCCAUUGAAGUCUUAUGAUAAUGAUUCAUGUUUCAUGAUUCAUAAUGAUUUUAUAUGGAGCAUAGUACUCCGUAGUAAAGUAUGUUAUGUAUGAUGGUAUAUAUGAUCCCCACCCACCAUCUUCCAUCCCCUUCUUCUCCCUCUUCUCAAUCCCACCACUAACUCCCUCUCUCUAACUCCUCUCUCUCUCUCUCUCUACAUAUAUAUCUAUCUCUUUGUUGCUCUUGAUGGAUGCAUCCACUUUCUUGUACUCUUAGCUUAGUUCCUUAUUCCACCUUUUUAAGUUCCCUUUUUCAGUUUCUGUCUGCAUAACCCCUCAAUUUUGUCUUUUGGGUCCUUUGAUUAUGUGUUGAUUUCCCCCCUACCCUUUUGAUUUCCAGAAAGAAGACAUUUUUGGGGAAUAUUAGGGAAUCUUGAUUAGAUUCUGGGUCAAAAAUUGCAAUAAAAAUAAAAAAGGGGUAAUAUUUAUAGGGGUUGAAAUUAAUUCGAAAAAAUGGGGAAUGUUAAUGGUAGAGAAGAUGGAAAUGGAACCCCAUCUGGUUCUGGAUUAGUUGGUGAAGAAGAAGAGGAAGAAGAAAUUGUUAGUGCUAUUACAGUUGCUGGUUCACCUUCUGCUCUUAUGGGUCAGUCUCCACCUCACAGUCCUAGAGCUGCCCAAUCUCCUCUCAAGUUUGCUCCUCAGCCUCCGGUCGCUCCCAUCCAAAAGCCCGAGGAGCUUCAUAUUCCCAAUCCAUCAUGGUUACAAACAUCGCCACCCGAAGAAGAUAUGAACUAUGAGCAAGGGAUUCCCACUAUGAUUACUUGGACUCAUGGUGGCAAAGAAGUGGCUGUGGAGGGUUCAUGGGACAAUUGGAAGACAAGAAUACAUUUACAGAGAUCUGGAAAAGACUUUACUCUCAUGAAAGUGCUUCCAUCCGGAGUUUACCCAUAUAGAUUUAUUGUUGACGGGUCAUUGCGAUAUGCACCUGAUAUACCAUGGACCAAGGAUGAGGCUGGAAAUGUUUACAAUGUAUUGGAUUUGGAGGAUUAUGUCCCAGAAGACACAGGGAGUAUAUCCGGUUUUGAGCCACCACAAUCUCCCGAAGGCAGCUAUAACAACACAGAAUUUAACCAAGAAGAUUUUGCCAAGGAACCACCUAUGGUUCCUCCGCACCUUAACCUGACUUUGCUUAACGUGCCUGCCCUGUGCACCGAGGUGCCGCCACCCGCGCUAUCAAGACCUCAGCACGUGGUUCUUAACCAUCUUUACAUGCAGAAGGGAAAGAGUGGACCUUCCGUUGUUGCACUUGGCUCGACGCAUAGAUUCAAGUCCAAGUAUGUGACUGUUGUACUCUAUAAGUCUCUUUAGGGAUAUCUUUUUGAGAUAUUAUCUAAAUCUAUAGAGGGUUGAGUUUAUUGGUGAUGGUGCGCAUAGAUCAAAAUCAUGUAAUGCAAAGUAGACUAUGGAAGCCCUUCUAGUACCCAAAUUUUAUGUUUGCUUCAAACAUAUCGACUUUCUUUUCUCGCUCUCUUUCUCGUCUUUAGUCAUGAUCUUGCUCUCUGUCUCACAAUUUUUUUGGUUAUCGGUUCUUACAUCAGACCCGAAGACAAGUAGAGGGCACUUGGAAAGGUCCCUAAGUGUCGGAAAGUGAUGUGGCUAGACUGUAUUAAACUUAUGUGUAAAUUUCUUUCUGCCUCUAUUUUAUCGGAGUAAAACCUUAAAGCCGGGAACACAAA